CUUUCCAUCACCCCGCCCCAUUCUCCCGCUUUCCAUCACCUCGCCCCAUUCUCCCGCUUUCCAUCACCCCGGCCCAUUCUCCCGCAUUCCAUCACCCCUCCCCAUUCUCCCCCUUUCCAUUACCCCGCCCCAUUCUCCCUCCUUCCAUCACCCCGCCCCAUUCUCCCGCUUUCCAUCACCCCGCCCCAUUCUCCCGCUUUACAUCACCCCGCCCCAUUCUCCCGCUUUCCAUCACCCCGCCCCAUUCUCCCGCUUUCCAUCACCCCGCCCCAUUCUCCCGCUUUCCAUCACCCCGCCCCAUUCUCCCGCUUUCCAUCACCCCGCCCCAUUCUCCCGGUUUCCAUUACCCCGCCCCAUUCUCCCGCUUUCCAUCACCUCGCCCCAUUCUCCCGCUUUCCAUCACCCCGGCCCAUUCUCCCGCAUUCCAUCACCCCUCACCAUUCUCCCACUUUCCAUAACCCCGCCCCAUUCUCCCUCCUUCCAUCACCCCGCCCCAUUCUCCCGCUUUCCAUCACCCCGCCCCAUUCUCCCGCUUUACAUCACCCCGCCCCAUUCUCCCGCUUUCCAUCACCCCGCCCCAUUCUCCCGCUUUCCAUCACCCCGCCCCAUUCUCCCGCUUUCCAUCACCCCGCCCCAUUCUCCCGGUUUCCAUUACCCCGCCCCAUUCUCCCGCUUUCCAUCACCUCGCCCCAUUCUCCCGCUUUCCAUCACCCCGGCCCAUUCUCCCGCAUUCCAUCACCCCUCCCCAUUCUCCCCCUUUCCAUUACCCCGCCCCAUUCUCCCGCGUUCCAUCACCCCGCCCCAUUCUCCCGCUUUCCAUCACCCCGCCCCAUUCUCCCGCUUUACAUCACCCCGCCCCAUUCUCCAUCCUUCCAUCACCCCGCCCCAUUCUCCCUUCUUCAAUCACCCCGCCCCAUUCUCCCACUUUCCAUCACCCCGCCCCAUUCUCCCGCUUUACAUCACCCCGCCCCAUUCUCCAUCCUUCCAUCACCCCGCCCCAUACUCCCGCUUUCCAUCACCCCGCCCCAUUCUCCCGCUUUCCAUCACCCCGCCCCAUUCUCCCGCUUUACAUCACCCCGCCCCAUUCUCCAUCCUUCCAUCACCCCGCCCCAUACUCCCGCUUUCCAUCACCCCGCCCCAUUCUCCCGCUUUCCAUCACCCCGCCCCAUUCUCCCGCUUUCCAUCACCCCGCCCCAUUCUCCCGCUUUACAUCACCCCACCCCAUUCUCCAUCCUUCCAUCACCCCGGGGAAUGGGGCGGGGUGAUGGAAAGCGGGAGAAUGGGGCAGGGUGUGGAAAGCGGAAGAAUGGGUCGGGCCCCAUUCUUCCGCUUUCCAUCACCCCGCCCCAUUCUCCCGCUUUCCAUCACCCCGCCCCAUUCUCCCGCUUUCCAUCACCCCGCCCCAUUCUCCCGCUUUCCAUCACCCCACUCAAUUCUCCCGCUUUCCAUCACCCCGCCCCAUUCUCCCGCUUUCCAUCACCCCGCCCCAUUCUCCCGCUUUCGAUCACCCCGCCCCUUUCUCCCGCUUUCCAUCACCCCGCCACAUUCUCCCUCCUUCCAUCACCCCUCCCCUUUCUCCCGCUUUCCAUCACCCCGCCCCAUUCUCCCUCCUUCCAUCACCCCGUCCCAUUCUCCCGCUUUCCAUCACCCCACCCCAUUCUCCCGCUUUCCAUCACCCCGCCCCAUUCUCCCGCUUUCCAUCACCCCGCCCCAUUCUCCCGCUUUCCAUCACCCCGGCCCAUUCUCCCUCCUUCCAUCACCCCGCCACAUUCUCCCUCCUUCCAUCACCCUGCUCCAUUCUCCCGCUUUCCAUCACCCCGCCCCAUUCUUCCGCUUUCAAUCACCCCGCCCCAUUCUCCCGCUUUCCAUCACCCCGCCCCAUUGUCCCGCUUUCCAUCACCCCGCCCCAUUCUCCCUCCUUCCAUCACCCCGCCUCAUUCUCACGCUUUCCAUCAUCCCGCCCCAUUCUCCCACUUUCUAUCACCCCGCCCCAUUCUCCCGCUUUCCAUCACCCAGCCCCAUUCUUCCGCUUUCCAUCACCCCGCCCCAUUCUUCCGCUUUCCAUCACCCCACCCCAUUCUCCCGCUUUCCAUCACCCCGCCCCAUUCUCCCUCCUUCCAUCACCCCGCCCCAUUCUCCCGCUUUCCAUCACCCCGCCCCAUUCUCCCGCUUUCCAUCACCCCGCCCCAUUCUCCCGCUUUCCAUCACCCCGCCCCAUUCUCCCGCUUUCCAUCACCCCGCCCCAUUCUCCCUCCUUCCAUCACCCCGCCCCAUUCUCCCGCUUUCCACCAUCCCGCCCCAUUCUCCCGCUUUCCAUCACCCCGCCCCAUUCUCCCGCUUUCCAUCACCCCACCCCAUUCUCCCGCUUUCCAUCACCCCGCCCCAUUCUCCCGCUUUCGAUCACCCCACCCCAUUCUCAAGCUUUCCAUCACCCCGCCACAUUCUCCCUCCUUCCAUCACCCCGCCCCAUUCUCCCUCCUUCCAUCACCCCACCCCUUUCUCCCGCUUUCCAUCACCCCGCCCCAUUCUCCCUCCUUCCAUCACCCCGCCCCAUUCUCCCGCCUUCCAUCACCCCGCCCCAUUCUCCCGCUUUCCAUCACCCCGCCCCAUUCUCCCGCUUUCCAUCACCCCGCCCCAUUCUCCCGCUUUCCGUCACCCCGCCCCAUUCUCCCUUCUUCCAUCACCCCGCCUCAUUCUCACGCUUUCCAUCACCCCGCCCCAUUCUCCCACUUUCCAUCACCCCGCCCCAUUCUCCCGCUUUCCAUCACGCAGCCCCAUUCUUCCGCUUUCCAUCACCCCGCCCCAUUCUCCCGCUUUCCAUCACCCCGCCCCGUUCUCCCGCUUUCCAUCACCCCGCCCCAUUCUCCCUCCUUCCAUCACCCCGCCCCAUUCUCCCGCUUUCCAUCACCCCGCCCCAUUCUCCCGCUUUCCAUCACCCCGCCCCAUUCUCCCGCUUUCCAUCACCCCACUCAAUUCUACCGCUUUCCAUCACCCCGCCCCAUUCUCCCGCUUUCCAUCACCCCGCCCCAUUCUCCCGCUUUCGAUCACCCCGCCCCUUUCUCCCGCUUUCCAUCACCCCGCCACAUUCUCCCUCCUUCCAUCACCCCACCCCUUUCUCCCGCUUUCCAUCACCCAGCCCCAUUCUCCCGCUUUCCAUCACCCCGCCCCAUUCUCCCUCCUUCCAUCACCCCGUCCCAUUCUCCCGCUUUCCAUCAUCCCGCCCCAUUCUCCCGCUUUCCAUCACCCCGCCCCAUUCUCCCGCUUUCCAUCACCCCACCCCAUUCUCCCGCUUUCCAUCACCCCGCCCCAUUCUCCCGCUUUCCAUCACCCCGCCCCAUUCUCCCGCUUUCCAUCACCCCGGCCCAUUCUCCCCCCUUCCAUCACCCCGCCACAUUCUCCCUCCUUCCAUCACCCUGCUCCAUUCUCCCGCUUUCCAUCACCCCGCCCCAUUCUUCCGCUUUCAAUCACCCCGCCCCAUUCUCCCGCUUUCCAUCACCCCGCCCCAUUGUCCCGCUUUCCAUCACCCCGCCCCAUUCUCCCUCCUUCCAUCACCCCGCCUCAUUCUUACACUUUCCAUCAUCCCGCCCUAUUCUCCCACUUUCUAUCACCCCGCCCCAUUCUCCCGCUUUGCAUCACCCAGCCCCAUUCUUCCGCUUUCCAUCACCCCGCCCCAUUCUUCCGCUUUCCAUCACCCCACCCCAUUCUCCCGCUUUCCAUCACCCCACUCCAUUCUCCCGCUUUCCAUCACCCCGCCCCAUUCUCCCGCUUUCCAUGACCCCGCCCCAUUCUCCCGCUUUCCAUCACCCCGCCCCAUUCUCCCGCUUUCCAUCACCCCGCCCCAUUCUCCCUCCUUCCAUCACCCCGCCCCAUUCUCCCGCUUUCCAUCAUCCCGCCCCAUUCUCCCGCUUUCCAUCACCCCGCCCCAUUCUCCCGCUUUCUAACACCCCACCCCAUUCUCCCGCUUUCCAUCACCCCGCCCCAUUCUCCCGCUUUCGAUCACCCCACCCCAUCCUCAAGCUUUCCAUCACCCCGCCACAUUCUCCCUCCUUCCAUCACCCCGCCCCAUUCUCCCUCCUUCCAUCACCCCGCCCCAUUCUCCCGCUUUCCAUCAUCCCGCCCCAUUCUCCCGCUUUCCAUCACCCCGCCCCAUUCUCCCGCUUUCUAACACCCCACCCCAUUCUCCCGCUUUCCAUCACCCCGCCCCAUUCUCCCGCUUUCGAUCACCCCACCCCAUUCUCAAGCUUUCCAUCACCCCGCCCCAUUCUCCCUCCUUCCAUCACCCCACCCCUUUCUCCCGCUUUCCAUCACCCCGCCCCAUUCUCCCUCCUUCCAUCACCCCGCCCCAUUCUCCUGCCUUCCAUCACCCCGCCCCAUUCUCCCGCUUUCCAUCACCCCGCCCCAUUCUCCCGCUUUCCAUCACCCCGCCCCAUUCUCCCGCUUUCCGUCACCCCGCCCCAUUCUCCCUUCUUCCAUCACCCCGCCUCAUUCUCACGCUUUCCAUCACCCCGCCCCAUUCUCCCACUUUCCAUCACCCCGCCCCAUUCUCCCGCUUUCCAUCACCCAGCCCCAUUCUUCCGCUUUCCAUCACCCCGCCCCAUUCUUCCGCUUUCCAUCACCCCUACCCAUUCUCCCGCAUCCAUCACCCCGCCCCAUUCUCCCUCCUUCCAUCACCCCGCCCCAUUCUCCCGCUUUCCAUCACCCCGCCCCAUUCUCCCGCUUUCCAUCACCCCACUCCAUUCUCCCGCUUUCCAUCACCCCACCCCAUUCUCCCGCUUUCCAUCACCCCGCCCCAUUCUCCCGCUUUUGAUCACCCCGCCCCUUUCUCCCGCUUUCCAUCACCCCGCCACAUCCUCCCUCCUUCCAUCACCCCACCCCUUUCUCCCGCUUUCCAUCACCCAGCCCCAUUCUCCCGCUUUCCAUCACCCCGCCCCAUUCUCCCGCUUUCCAUCACCCCGCCCCAUUCUCCCGCUUUCCAUCACCCCGCCCCAUUCUUCCGCUUUCCACACCCUGCCCCAUUCUCCCGCUUUCCAUCACCCCGCCCCAUUCCCCGGGGUGAUGGAAGGAUGGAGAAUGAGGUGGGGUGAUGUAAAGCAGGAGAAUGGGGCGGGGUGA